AUGCCAAUUGGCUCUAGAAAUCAGCCAAAUAUCCCACGAUGUUGCCUAUCUACAGGUAUUAUAUCAAUGAAGAAGCAAUGGCUCGGCCCAUACAACCCCAAAUUAUACGAUGUAAAUCCUAGACGAUCCCUCAAGGGAAAUGCAGGAACUCUGGUGACUCUGGGGCUGGGAAUGCAAUCGGAAAUCAAGCGCUUUAGAUCUUUUUUAUCUCUGCAGGCAUUUCUUCACCGCAUCCGCCAGAAUGCUGUGGACAAAGCCGAGAAGUACAUCACAGAGGAGAAUGUUAAGAUCUUAUUUUCUAACAUCGAAGACAUUCUUGGUGUUCACAAGGAGUUCCUGGCUGCCCUGGAAUUUUGUUUACAACCAGAACCUCAGUCUCAGCAUGAAUUGGGAAAUGUUUUCUUAAAAUUUAAGGACAAAUUCUUUGUGUACGAGGAGUACUGUAGCAACCACGAGAAAGCACUCAGACUGCUGAUGGAAUUGAACAAGAUCCCAACAGUGAGAACAUUCCUCCUGGGUUGCAUGCUUUUGGGAGGCAGAAAGACGACAGACAUUCCACUAGAGGGUUAUCUGCUGACUCCAAUUCAGAGAAUUUGCAAAUAUCCACUUCUGCUUAAGGAAUUAGCUAAGAGGACUCCCUCUAAGCAUCCUGAUCACCCAGCUGUCCAGAACGCAUUGCAGGCAAUGAAGACAGUCUGCACAAAUAUCAAUGAGACCAAGAGACAGAUGGAGAAACUGGAAGCCCUUGAACAGUUGCAGUCCCACAUUGAAGGAUGGGAGGGGUCAAAUCUGACAGAUAUCUGCACACAGCUCUUGCUCCAAGGGACUUUGUUAAGAAAUAUCCAGGAGAGAAUGUUCUUUCUAUUCGAUAAUCUACUGGUUUAUUGCAAGAGGAAAUCCAGAGUUACUGGGAAAAAACCAUCUAAACGGACAAAGUCCAUCAAUGGGUCCCUGUAUAUCUUCAGGGGCCGAAUAAAUACAGAAGUCAUGGAGGUGGAGAAUGUGGAAGAUGGAACAGCAGAUUACCACAGCAACGGCUACACUGUGACAAAUGGCUGGAAGAUACACAACACAGCCAAAAACAAAUGGUUUGUCUGCAUGGCCAAGACUGCAGAGGACAAACAGAAAUGGCUGGAUGCUAUAAUCAAGGAAAGGGAGCAGAGAGAGAGUUUGAAACUGGGAAUGGAGAGGGAUGCAUACGUCAUGAUUGCAGAGAAAGGAGAGAAGCUGUACCAAAUGAUGAUGAGCAAGAAAGUGAACCUUAUCAAAGACAGGAGGAGAAAAUUAAGUACUGUUCCCAAGUGCUUUCUUGGCAAUGAGUUUGUAUCAUGGCUGACAGAGAUUGGAGAGAUAAGCAAACCAGAGGAAGGGGUCAACCUGGGACAGGCACUAUUGGAAAAUGGAAUUAUUCAUCAUGUUUCAGAUAAGCACCAGUUUAAGAAUGAGCAGGUGAUGUACAGAUUUCGCUAUGAUGAUGGAACGUACAAGCCAAGAAGUGAAUUGGAAGACAUCAUGUCCAAGGGUGUGAGGCUCUACUGCCGACUACACUGCCUAUAUACUCCAGUGGUAAAAGACCGUGACUACCACCUAAAGACCUACAAAUCAGUAAUCCCUGCAAGUAAACUAGUGGAUUGGCUUAUUGCACAGGGAGACUGUCAAACUCGGGAGGAAGCUGUCGCACUGGGUGUUGGACUCUGCAAUAAUGGCUUCAUGCAUCAUGUCCUGGAGAAAAGUGAAUUUAAGGAUGAAUCCUUAUAUUUCCGCUUUUAUGCUGAUGAGGAGAUGGAAGGCACCAGUUCCAAGAGCAAACAAUUACGUAAUGACUUCAAGCUUGUGGAAAACAUCCUGGCAAAGAGUCUUCUGAUUUUACCAGAAGAGGAUGACUAUGGAUUUGACAUGGAAGAAAAGAACAAAGCAAUCGUGGUGAAGUCCGUUCGACGAGGGUCUUCUGCAGAGAUGGCUGGCCUGCAGACGGGAAGAAAAAUCUAUUCCAUUAAUGAGGACUUAAUAUUCCUACGCCCAUUUUCAGAAGUGGAAACCAUCUUAAACCAGUCCUUCUGCUCACGAAGGCCGCUCAGGCUUCUGGUAGCCACCAAAUCAAAAGAGAUUAUUAAAAUCCCAGAUUGUCCUGAAGCACUUUGCUUUCAGAUACGGGGAGCAGCACCACCAUAUGUUCAUGCAGUAGGAAGAGGUUCCGAGGCUGCAGCUGUAGGCCUUCAUCCAGGGCAGUGUAUUUUGAAAGUCAAUGGGAAUAAUGCAACACAUGGAAAUUAUACGGAAGUUCUGGAGCACUUUACAGCCUACAGGACCAGACAACAGGAAGCACUGGGAUUGUACCAGUGGGUGUACAGAACACAUGAAGAUGCUGAGGAGGACAGAGUUCAGCAAGCAGCAUCCACUGCAUAUCUGAACGGCAGUCAUUCUGGCUCCAGCAAAGACGACUCUUCACUGGAAGGAGGUGCAGAAUUGGAUCCCCUUCAAAACAGCCAACAGGAAUCAGCCCAGACACCACAGACCAACAGCUCUCCACUGAUCAUCGGUGAAGAAACACCUCUCAUUAGCCUGACUGUGGAUAACACCCACCUGGAGCAUGGGGUGGUGUACGAGUAUGUCAGCAGCGCAGGAAUCAAAUCUUUUGUCCUGGAGAAAAUUGUGGAACCAAAAGGUUGCUUCAAUCUCACUGCAAAGAUUUUAGAGGCCUUUGCUGCAGAGGACAAUCACUUCGUAAGGAAUUGCAAAAGACUUAUAUCCCUAAGCAGUGCUGUGGCCACCAUGCCCCAGUAUGAAUUCCGGCAAAUCUGUGACACUAAGCUGGAAAGCAUUAGCAGAAGGUUCACAAACUACCAAGAGUUUGCAGAUGAAUUGAAAACAAAGGUGAGCCCAGCCUUCAAGCAAGCCAUCAUGGAACCACAUUCCCUCAACAGCAUGGAUUUCUGCCCCACCAACUGCCAUGUUAACCUCAUGGAGGUAUCGUACCCCAAAAACACUACCUCAGCAGGGAGGUCGUUCAGCAUUCGCAUUGGACGGAAACCCUCUAUUAUUGGCCUCGAUCCAGAACAAGGUACCGUAAAUCCAGUCUCAUAUACUCAACAUUGCAUCACCACUAUGGCUGCACCGUCCUGGAGAUGUCUGACCCCAGAAGAUGGCGAUCUUGACGGUAGCUUUGGCCAGCAGAAUGGAGGAACAAUUCAAGAAGAAAGGGGACUCAGUUUUCUGCUGAAACAGGAAGAUCGGGAGAUACAGGACUCAUACUUGCACCUUUUUAACAAACUUGACAUUGCUGUGAAGGAAAUGAAGCAAUAUGUCGUUCAGAUAAAUAAACUUUUGUCCACCAUAACAGAACCUACAGAAGGUGGUGCCUGUGAGCCACCAUCUACUGACGAGACAUCUCCACCUUCCCUGGGAACAGAAGAGAGUGAUCCUGACAAAGCUGAGCACGGUGGAAUCAAGAAGGUCUGUUUCAAAGUUUCUGAGGAGGAUCAGGAAGACUCUGGACACGACACAAUGAGUUUCAGAGACUCCUACAGUGAAUGUAACAGUAACCGGGACUCAGUGUUGUCGUACACCAGUGUACGGAGUAACAGCUCUUACCUGGGCAGCGAUGAGAUGGGAUCAGGAGAUGAGCUUCCCAAUGAUAUGAGGAUUCCUUUAGACAAGCAAGACAAACUUCAUGGCUGUCUGGAACAUCUUUUCAACCAGGUCGAUGCAAUCAAUGCACUUCUAAAGGGACCAGUAGUAACUAAGGCCUUUGAUGAAACCAAGCACUUUCCAACAGACCACAGUUUGCAAGAAUUUAAACAGAAGGAAGAAACCACAGUUAGGUGCCGGAAUAAUAUUCAAGCCAGCAUUCAGGAAGAUCCAUGGAACCUUCCAUUGCGCAUCAAGAACCUUGUUGAAAUCAUACAAAAACACGUGGAAGAUGGGAAGAAUCAGCUGCUUUUGGCCUUGUUAAAAUGCACAGAUACUGAGCUACAGCUGAGGCGUGAUUCCAUCUUCUGUCAGUCUCUCGUGGCGGCUAUUUGCACCUUUUCAGAGCAGUUACUGGCUGCCCUCAACUAUCGAUACAACAACAACGGGGAAUACGAAGAGAGCAGCAGAGAUGCCAGCAGAAAAUGGCUGGAACAGAUAGCAGCCACUGGUGUUUUACUAAACUACCAGUCUCUUCUCUCCCCCACUGUGAAGGAGGAGCGCACCAUGCUGGAAGACAUCCAGGUCACUCUGACUGAACUGGACAAAGUUGCCUUCUAUUUCAAGCAACUGGAUGAAAGUCUUGUAGCAAAUACUCAUGUCUUCUACCACAUCGAAGGAAGUCGUCAGGCCUUGAAGGUUAUCUUUUAUCUUGACAGCUACUACUUCUCCAAACUGCCUUCUCGGUUUCAGAAUGGGGGAAGCUUGAAACUGCACGCGGUGCUCUUUACAAAAGCUCUGGAGAGUAUGGAGGGGCAAUCACAGCCCGCUGGCUCAUCUCCAGAAGAACUUCCACAGCAAAUUAAUGGUAUUUCACUUGAAAAAGUACAGCAAUACUACCGUAAACUCAGGACGUUUUACCUAGAGAGAUCAAACUUGCCCACUGAUUCCAAUACUACUGCAGUGAAGAUUGACCAGCUUAUUCGCCCCAUUAAUGCAAUGGAUGAGCUUUGCAGGCUGAUGAAGUCUUUCAUUAAUACAAAACCAACCCAGCCAGGAUAUUCUAGCAGUACCACAUCAGGCGCUGGCCUGCUGCCUAUAUCCUCUGAGCUCUGUUACCGACUGGGAGCCUGUCAGAUUACCAUGUGCAGCACUGGGAUGCAGAGAAGUACAUUGAGCGUGUCCCUGGAGCAAGCAGCCAUACUGGCUCGAAGUCAUGGACUUUUGCCCAAGUGCAUCAUGCAAGCUACAGACAUCAUGCGAAAGCAAGGACCAAGGGUUGAAAUCUCUGCCAAGAACCUGAAAGUGAUGGACCAAAUGCCACAGUGUGCACCUCGGCUCUACAGGUUGUGCCAGCCACCUACAGAUGGGGAUUUAUAAAAGCGAGAGAGGCACCUGCAUUGCAGCAUCGUUAAAGCAUUCAGCGACGAGCAGCCCUGCCUGAGGACCCACGCUGACACUGAUGGCGCUGAAGCGAGGGGGGAAGAGAGGUUGCCCUGGUUCAGUAGGAGAAGAACCUGCUGGGCCCAGGCACCGAGAAUCUGGCUUUGAACUCCUGCAGCACGUGCAGGGCUUCUCGUGUUUCUCUGACUUCUUGAAGAAAUUUUUGAAACAAACACCA